UAGGCACUGACGUGGACUAAUGAGAAGAGUCCAGAAGGUCGCCACAUACAACGGUUUGUACUGGUCACCUCGGCACAUUUCACCUGGGUCUCCGGACUAAGACGGACAACUAGCACUUUUAACAGAAGACAGAGCGGGUUAUCAUUUGACGAGUAUUUACAACAAAUAAAUAUGCCGUGGAACGUGCUGCUACUCACCGCCAUGGCGCUCGCUGCCGUUCAACACAGAACGGAAGCCGCAGUACUGGGGGAGUCACGGAAGCUGAUCUUCCCCGAACUACGCACUGUAAGUAACUACGCCCGACUGGACACCGCGCUGGCACAGGACCUCACCAGCUUCACUCUCUGUGUGCAAAUGCGCUCUGACGUGCCAUACAGCCUGAUCAACUACUACCAGAUGGGGAUAGUCAGCUACGCAGUGCCGAGCAAUCACAACGAGCUACUAUUGUUCAUUGAAAAGGGUUUUAACUUGUAUAUGUAUGACUACAUCUUGAUGGCUAACCCGGCCUCCCCAUGGGACGGAGAGUGGCACACCGUCUGCACCACCUGGCGUAGCAGCGACGGUGCCUGGCAGUUCUACGUCGACGGCGCACUGACGGCCUCCGCCUCAGGGUUCUUGGUUGGAGGUAGAGUCCGCACGGGUGGUAUGUGGAUUCUCGGACAGGACCAAGACAACGUCGGGGGAGGAUUCGCCGCGCACCAGGCCUUCAGUGGAGAGAUGUCGCAGGUGAACCUCUGGGACCGCGUGCUGUCUGCGGAUGAGAUAGGUGCGGACUGUAACCACCAUGGUAACGUGAUUGACUGGGACACGACCAACAUCGAAAUCUUCGGCCAGGUCACCACUGCUGAGUAUCGCUGUCGGCUUCCUUGCACCGCUGACAUUGUUCUCGUACUCGACGUUUCUUCGAGCAUCUCGCGGGACCAGUUCGUCCUCGCCCGGGACUUCAUGAUGUCUUUCGUUGAAUGUGCAGCUUUGCGAGACCAGGAUAUUUGGAUUGGAGUCAUGCAAUACACCUGUGAAGCUUCCACCUACAUCGCCCUGGGACAAUAUGCACUGGGCAGUGUUCAGUUGGGACCAGCCAUCCACUACAUAAUGUACCAGGGAGGCGAGACCCGCACAGGCGAGGCAAUCCGCAAAAUGAGGAGUACGUCUGGUUGGAGAGACGAGCUGGAGAUUCCUCGGGCAGCGGUGAUUCUGACAGACGGACAGACGACUGAUGACUACGCUAAUGAAGCCGAAGCCGCGCGGAAUGCAGGUGUUGCCCUGUACAGCGUGUCUGUGGGGUUCCCGGCUCUUAUAAACAACGCUGCGCUGGCAACUAUCACCAACGAUAACGGCCGCGUGUUCGCCGUCAACCAACCCUGCGAUGCUGCGGACAAAAUCGUGGCCGACCUGUGUGGGUGAAGAAAUAAAGAGAAAUCUGGGCCGUAUGACCUGACCUGACCUGACCUGACCUGACCUAACCUGAACGUUCCUGUGACCCUCAACUGGCAAACGGACAUCCUGUAAUCUCCAAACAGAUGUUUGGGGUUACAUAUCCUCACAUAUUCUCUUUAAUCAUCUUUGUUGAAACGGGCAAUAACGGGGCAUUCGUAAAAUAUCUUGACUCUUUCUCCCAACAUCUGCUUGGAGAUCAGACAUUUGAAAUUUUUGUUCGAGAACAUACAUCUCACACCCUAGAGGUCUGAUACUAUCUGAGAACUUUGGCGAUAUCAGAAGUUCUAUCUCAACCGAAAAGCAUUGACAUCUCCUCAAUGGCCAAUUCAAAACACCAAAUAAAAAUAAACCUGCUUCCUUUCUUGUGCUGAUCCUGAAAGUUAAUAUCAAACUUGACACUUCCUCUGGAAAACAGGACAUUGUUUGAAAAAAAAAAUAGAGAAGAGUGACAAAUUUGGAAUUCAUCUGCGAAAAAAGUUACCAUUUUCCAUUGUUUUUGACAUAGAAUGUUAUCCUACUUACCAAUACUGAAU